AUGUCAACAUGGAUAAACAAAAAGCUCAUAUCUAUAUCGGAGAAGGUCAUCGAAAAUGUAAUAGAUUCUUUCGCAAAUAAAAAUACUCCCAUUGAUAACAUACAGAAUAUGCAAGGGGUAAGCACACCGAUGCACCAAACGGAGAAUAGCAGCGCUCACAUUUUGUCCCUUCCCUUUGGUGCUUCCCUCAUUCCCCCCCAAAAAAAAAACACACACACAUCGCAGACCCAAUUGGGGAAAAUAAUAAGCAAGGUAAUUUCCUCCAAGUAUUUUUUCAAAAAUGAUGACAUUUGCUACAACUCGAGGAAUUUGGACUUUAAUUGGAAUAUGAAGAACAUAUCGAAGAGGAGAAAAAAGAGAAUAAGAAAAGAUAAAGUAAAACGGAUUAAGCAAAGGACAUCGGAGGGUAGAAGAAGCAAAAGAGGAAGCAACAGUCGGAGAGUUCAUGGACAUAGUACACAGGAAGAUAAAGAUGCUGAUUGCAAAGAGGACUCAUAUAACAAUAUUUACAUAAAUUCGAGAAGCCCUAAUUAUUUAAACAUUGAUGAAUCGUAUAUUGGGACUUGUCCUUCCUUGAAUGCCAACAAGGCAGGUGAAGGGGAAGACAAUGAGAAGGAGACCUGGUUGAAAAAGGACAUAAACACAUGCAACUCUAGUGUGCAAAGCAUUGUUAGUGAAGCUCCAGAGGGUAUCACGUCAGUAAAUUCGAAUGCCGCAUCGAGUUACGGUUCCUGUGCGGAGUACACAACAGACGGUUCGAGAGGUUCCUCAAAGAGGAAUUCACAAGGUACAUCAGGUAGCAAUUCUGGUGGGACAUCCCCUCGUAGUUCCCAAGAAAGUGUUAGAGAUAACUCAGAGGAGGCAUCUCUAUACCUCUCUACCAGCGCAUCUGUAUCGAGUGAAGCGAAUGAGUCAUCUUCUGGAGGAUCGUCCAAAAGGAUAACAUCCUCUUCAGAGGUGGCUCAACGGGAAAGCUCCUUCAACUCGAAUCAGUACGCAGAGGCUAGAGAAAACUACAUGAUGCAGAAACAGGCACAUCUGUGCAAAGUAACCCUUUUUAUUAAAGAAGCCAAGUUAUUAUUUUUUAACAAAAAUGUGAGCAUUAGUGAUAUAUCCAUAUUUGUGACCACCAUUAUGGAGGACAAGAAGUAUGUUGGAAAAUUGAGGAAGCUAAGUUCGAGGACUCUACCAAUGAAUAAUUUAAUAAUAAACGAAUGUAUUAAACAUAACGUGAAGGACAUAUAUACCGAUAUCGUGAUAAAUAUCAAGUAUCGAAAUAGGAAAAAAAAUAACGAAGAAAUAACCCUGGGGAGAGUAAUCAUUCCCUUCUUUCUUCUUCUAAAUACAUACAGAUAUAAAAUUAAAAGGAUCAGGAAUAGGAUAAAAUAUUGCACCAAGUGCUUCCUAUGGCUACACAUCUUUCCAUGUAACAACAAAUUAUUUAAUUAUAAAUUUUUUAAGCCAGUGGAAGGGUUUGAAGAAUAUGGAAUGCUCAACCCUCUGUACACGUUAGGGUUUUUAAAUAUAAAAAUGAAAAUAAUUUUUAAAAAGAAUCCCCUUCUUUUGACUCUCUAUAGUAACAUGAGGAAACCGUUAUUUUAUUAUAAAUUACCUGUACAAUUUGAACCUCUUUAUUGCCAGUACUAUAGUGAAAACUUCUUCGUCUAUGUUACUCAGUUGCCUAUUUGGCUAUAUAAAUUUUUUUACCUAUUCAACCCCAGGAGGGUUGAAAUGAUUCCUUUAAAUUGUUAUGAUUAUGUGUGUAUUUUAUCCUUUUGGUUAUUUUUUUUUCGGUUAAUUGUUAUUUCUCCAUUUUUCCUCAUCUUUGUUCAUUUUUUUUUUUGUCUGAUUUUCAUUUCCCUUUCUUACAAGUUCGGCCACGUCGACUCCGGCCCCAGCAGCAUGGCGUACAACUUUCGCCCCGUUCAUAUGAAGAAGAAGCCACCCCACUGGAAUCCUGGUCACGCGAAGAGCCCCCAGCCGCACCAAAUCCUCCCCCCCGAGAAUAGGCGCAAUGUGCGUUUUUUUAACAGCAAGCGCAGGGAGGUACCGCUCUCGGCGAAUGAUAUAGACUCGAAUUAUUGCGGCGGGGGGAGAGGCAUCAAUGCGCAGCGGGGAGUGGACACCAGUGUGCCGCGUGGAAUGGACACCAAUGCGCAGCGUGGAAUGGACACCGAUGUGCAACAGGGGGAAGGUCGCUGGUCUCAGCGGGGGGGGCAGUUGCUCCUCCAAAGUAACCCACUCGAGGAGAUACCCCAGGGAGGAUCAAACAGUUGCGACGUUCCCCAACUAGUAGUGACAAGCGAGGAGUUGAACAGGAUCCCAAGUGAGCACACACAUGGUGGGGAACACACCAAGAGUGGCACCUCCCAGAAGAAUGACGAAUUUUAUGGAGAAGCAGCCAGGGGAAUGAACAGUCAGAACGAACUCAGCAGUAAUGGAAGCUUCUAUGGAGGGAGUUUUAACAGCCCUGAAAGUCCCCCCAAGGAUGGAGGACAUCAUGUGGCCCAUUUCCAAAUUGAAGAAAAUUGUUUUGUGAAGCAACCCAACUUGGAUCACCAAGAUGAAGAGUCGAAUGGAAAAAUGAAGGAUGCAGAAAAUGAGCACCCACAGCAACACAAAAAAAAAGCCUAA